AUGGCAGAACAGGAAGCCGGAAAACACGUUUCUGAGUUGAUGAUAUUUUUGGGAGCGGUCAUUUUUGUCACUGGACACCCAUGUCAUUCACGCCAACAAAUCAUGUACGCCGCUGAGAAUCGUGCACUGCGAGGAUUUGCAUAUGCCAACAAAACUGUGCGAUCUCGUGUCAUCUGUGCAAGGGAAUGCAGCAUGGACGAACGUUGCAAGUCGUUUAACUUUGUCGGCUGCAAUAAAAUGUGCGAGCUGAACUUUGCCACAAGACGAGAGCAUCCCGAAGACUUCAAUACAGCUCAUCGUGGGAGUGUGUACUUUGAUGCAGAUGAGGACACACCUCUCUACUCACUGAUUGAUAGCUCCGCGAGUCGCUACAAAACUUGCAAAAUGCUCUUAGAUGCCGGUUAUCGUUCAAGCUGUAUCUACACUAUCUACCCAAAGGCAUUUGGCAACGACAGUCUGCGCGUCUACUGUGACAUGGAAACUGACGGCGGGGGAUGGAUCGUGUUUCAGAUGCGACAGGAUGGCAGUGUGGACUUCGACCGUACCCUGGCCGAGUACCAGUCUGGCUUUGGCAAUCUAUCCGGUGAGUUCUGGUUGGGCAACGAUAACUUGGUGGCUGUGAUUUCUGAUCCUUCACCAGGAUUAUGGCAGCUACGAAUUGAUUUAGGGAACUGGGAGGGUGAGACGGCAUGGGAAAAGUACGAAGAUUUCCGCCUAUCUCCUGAUACGUACAAUCUGCAGUAUUGGCAAUACGAGGGUAUUAAUACUAAUGGUGACUCCCUUAGUAAGGCUAAAGGACAACCAUUCAGAAAGUGUUCCCCCUCGCUCAAAGGAGCCUGGUGGUUCCCUCAGUCCUGUUUCCUUGGUGAUAUUGACAGUAAUUUGAAUGGUCAAUAUUACUUUGAUGCGAAUGCAGGGUAUGAUCAAGCCGGGCCCAGGCUGUGCUGGACAUUGCUGGACAACGUCUUCAUUGCGUACGCGUACGACGUCCGGUUUGGACUUCUGCUGCCGUAG